AAGGAUCAGGUGAAAAACGAGAUCGUGCUCUCGGUGUGGUCCAUCGCGGUGAUGACGUUUAUGAUUGCGCCGUUCGAGCUGAUGGUCGAGGCGGGAUGGACGAAGUUGUAUUGGGACGUCGAUAAGUACGGCAUGACGUACUUUUGUCUCACGCCGUUGUUGUUUUUGGUGUUCAGCGACACGUGCAUUUAUUGGAUUCAUCGCGGGUUGCAUCAUCGCGCGGUGUACGCGCCGAUUCACAAGUUGCACCACAAGUACAAGGACACGACGCCGUUUAGCGCGUACGCGUUUCACCCGCUCGACGGCUGGUUACAAGGGUGCCCGUAUCACUUGUUCAUCUUCCUGUUCCCCAUGCAUCACAUGACUUACUUUAUUUCUCUCGCCAUCGUUGGUUUGUGGACGAUCAAUAUCCACGACCGCGUUUCGAUGCGGUUUCCUUACGUCAACUGCGCGGCGCACCACACGAUUCAUCACACGGGGUUCAAUUACAACUACGGGCAGUACUUUACGUUUUGGGACAAAAUCGGAGGGUCGUACAGGGACCCGCACUCAUAC